AUGCCCGUUGUCGCAGGUCCCCCUCAGGGCCAUGGCCCCUCGACUUUCGAUAAGAUGAAGAUGGGUGCUUUGAUGGGUUCCAGUAAGUCUCCUGUCGCGUGUCUGGUCUUGGCCAUGGCUGAUCAGUUCUCUUUAGCUGUUGGAGGUAUCAUGGGUUUCAUUAUCGGAACCGUCACCAUCUUCCAAUAUGGUGCUGGCCCCAACGGUGUCAUGCGCACUCUGGGUAAAUAUAUGCUGGGUUCUGGUGCGACAUUUGGUCUCUUCAUGUCCAUUGGCAGUGUGAUCCGUACCGAAGGCCCCCAUAACGAUGCCUGGCUCCGUGCCCGCGGACCUCCCAUGAUGCUCCCCCGCCAGAGCCCUCUGCGACCAGUCCGCGAAUAA